AUGUUCCUCGCUCUCUCCGUCGUAGCAGCACUCCCGCUGCUGGCUCUCUGGCUACUCAAUAAGCUCGAGUACUAUCGCACCAAGCAAUUCGCAGCAUGGCCACAGCCGAAGCCGUCGCGAGUAUGGGGCCAUAUGAAGGUACUCCACGACUUUAUUUCCCGCGGUGAGCCGAACAGGCAUAUUGACCUCGUAUUCGAGGAAAUCAAGGCCCACCUUGGUAACCCACCGUUGUUUUUCCUCGAUAAUCGCCCGAUGCACCAGCCUAUGGCCGUCGUCUGCAGCCAUGAGAUUGCAGAGCAGGUAGUCAGGAGCUCGAAGCAGUUCCCCUAUGGUAUGCCCAAGACCCCGGAUCUGCAGGCUUAUAAGUAUCUGCUGGGCCCUCAUUCGAUCCUUAGUUCCGAGGGCGAGGAAUGGAAAAGCCUUCGCAAACGGUUCAAUCCUGGUUUUGCGCCUCAGCAUUUAUUGACCUUGCUCCCGCGCGUACUGAACAAGACGGGGCCGUUUUUCGAAACUCUUGAUCGAUACGCUCGCUCGGGCGAAGAGUUUAGUCUGGCUGAAAUAUGUACCAGUCUCACAUUUGAUAUCAUUGGUGCAGUGACCAUGGACGAGGACUUGGGAGCGCAGCUUCCCCUAGACCAGCAGAGCGAGAUGGUCAAGCUCUACCGUGAGCUGGUUGUAAGCUACCACCAAAAGAGCUCAGUCCGUGUAACUGUGUUGAACCCCUUGGUGAUAUGGCACCAAUAUACUCUGGCUCGCAGACUCGAUGCUAUCAUCAAGAACCACAUCAAACGCAAAUUCGCAGACUUGAGGGAAGCCAGCACCAACAAGAAGAAGUCCCGCAGCGUUCUCGCCCUUAGUCUACAGGAUAUCGAGCAACUGGACGCCCUUGUCCUCGAUCAAACAUGCGACCAGCUGAAAACUUUCUUGUUUGCUGGUCAUGACACGACCAGCAUCCUCCUCCAAUGGGCAUUCUAUGAGCUCAGCCGCACACCUCGUGUUCUUGAAUCGAUUCGCCGAGAACUCGACAACGUCUUUGGGCCUGAUCCUUCCCCGGCAGCAGUUCGUGAUAAGCUUCUUGCGCCGAACGGCGGAGAGCUCCUCACAAAGUUGCAGUAUACCUCCGCCGUGAUCAAAGAGAUACACCGCUUAUACCCUGCGUCGGGAACGGCGAGACUGGUGCCCGAGGGAGCGGGUGCGUAUAUCGAACUGCCAGAUGGAAGGUCGCUGUGCAUUGACGGAGUCCUGAUGUACAACUGCGAGACGCUCAUUCAUCGUGAUGAGACUGUCUACGGGGAAUCGAAGGAUGAUUUUCUUCCGGAGCGAUGGCUCGGUGAUGCCGGUGCUUCUCGGAUACCGCCCAGCGCAUGGCGAGCAUUCGAGCGAGGGCCGCGCAGCUGUAUUGGCCAGGGACUUGCGACAAUUGAGUCCCAAGUGAUUCUGGCUUGUGUGGUUAGACGGUACGAGUUUGUGAAGAUCGGUCUCGGUGAGGUCGCGAAGGACAGCGCAGGGGAGCCAAUUCUGAAUUCGCGAGGGCAGUACGAGGUCAAGUCGAAAUUGUUCAAAACAAUGCAAGUGACUGGAAAGCCUGUAGAUGGAAUGAUGAUGAAGGUGAAGUUGUCCUCCGGUGGUAGGAAAGAGCUCUGA